CGCGGGCUGGGCCGGGCACUCGCGGAGCCACGAGCCGUCCCGGCAGGAUGCAAGCAGCCUCUGACCCCGUGGUCAUCGUCGCGGCGGCGCGGACCAGCAUCGGCUCCUUCAAUGGUGCCCUGUCCACCGUGCCGGCCCACGACCUGGGCGCCACCGUCAUCCAAGAAGUCCUGAAAAGGGCCUCGGUGGCUCCGGAGGAGGUGUCCGAGGUCAUACUCGGGCAGGUGCUGGCCGCAGGGUGUGGGCAGAACCCUGCUCGGCAGGCCAGUGUGGGUGCCGGGCUCCCCUACUCGGUGCCGGCGUGGAGCUGCCAGAUGGUGUGUGGGUCAGGCCUCAAGGCCGUGUGCCUGGCAGCCCAGUCCAUACAGAUCGGGGACGCCAGCAUCGUGGUGGCAGGAGGCAUGGAGAGCAUGAGCAAGGCUCCUCACGUGGCUCACCUGAGAACAGGCGUCAGGAUGGGUGAGAUGCCCCUGGCCGACAGCAUACUCCGUGAUGGCCUUACGGAUGCCUUUCACAACUACCACAUGGGCAUCACAGCUGAAAAUGUAGCCAAGAAAUGGCAGGUGAGUAGAGAAGAUCAGGACAAGAUUGCACUUCUGUCCCAGAACCGGACAGAGAACGCGCAGAAAGCUGGCCAUUUUGACAAAGAGAUUGUACCAGUUCUUGUAUCUUCUAGAAAAGGCCUUAAUGAAGUGAAAGUGGACGAGUUUCCUCGCCACGGGAGCAGCCUUGAAGCCAUAGCCAAGCUGAAGCCGUACUUCCUCACCGACGGCACGGGGACCGUCACCGCAGCCAACGCCUCAGGGAUCAACGACGGUGCCGCCGCGGUGGUUCUCAUGAAGAAGUCAGAAGCUGCGAAUCGUGGCCUUACACCUUUGGCACACAUAAUUUCCUGGUCACAGGCAGGUGUGGACCCUUCCAUUAUGGGAACAGGACCGAUUCCAGCCAUAAAGCAAGCCGUCUUAAAAGCAGGCUGGGCUCUGGAGGAUGUCGAUGCAUUUGAAAUCAAUGAAGCCUUUGCAUCUGUUUCUGCUGCCAUAGCUAAAGAACUUGGAUUAUGCCCAGAGAAGGUGAACAUCCAGGGCGGAGCCAUAGCCCUGGGCCACCCCCUGGGAGCCUCAGGCUGCAGGGUCCUGGUGACCCUGUUGCACACCCUGGAGAGAAUGGACAAGAGCCGAGGUGUGGCAGCCCUGUGUAUUGGAGGCGGGAUGGGAAUAGCAAUGUGUGUGCAGAGAGGGUGAACUACUUAGCACUGCUAACAAUGAUACUUGAACCUCACUCAAUUUUUAGUCAAGGGAAUUGAAACUUGUAAAUCUAAGGACCAAAGUGAGGAAGGGAACCAGUCUACAACUUCACCAGAAUGCAAGUUGACAGCUCACUGUAAUUUUAGUAUUUCAGGUGUAAGACAUUGUGUCUAACAUCGUCAUAAAUAAAGGGGAGUGAGAUCAGUCAUCAAGGGCUCCAGAGUGAACUGUAUCCUGAUAGCCCCUAUGCUUGUCAUCUUUGCUCCCAGAGUAUAA